UGCAUAUAUAUUUUAUGUAGGCACUCUCUUUAGUCUGACUACACCUGUUGGAUCCUAUGAUGCAAUCUGCCUCAUUUUGAUUCAAAGUGGUUCCUAAAUGAAAGAUUAAAAAAGGAUUGGCUUAGAUUUAAAAUAAGAAAAUAAAAAUAGGUUUUAAUUUCACUUUUGCAGCAGCCUCUAUUUCUCAUUUGUCUCAGGGAGUUCAGAUGUGAGUCCGGCGUGAAUGCGAGCAUGGACAUUUUUUGCAGCGCAGGUCCAUGUGGAGGAAUACACGCCGCGCUCUUCCCUCCCUCCCUCUCUCUCCCUGUGACGCGCGGAGUGGAACCAAAAGCGCAAGCCCACUGUGGGACCGAAAGCAAAAGGGGAGACACAGAAAAAAAAAGGUGGGAGAGAGGGGGAGAUAUUGUAGUGAGGAGGAGAGGCGUGCCAAUAAUCAAGGAUUUUGGAUGAGGACGCGCAUCUCGGAGAACACAUGGGAGCGCACUGGAUCAAUUACGCAGCGUCAAGGAGCCGCCGUGAGAGAAGAGGGGCUCCCUGAGGUGCUGCCGCCGCCGCUGCUGCUGCUGCUGCUGCUGCUUCUGCGCUGAAUGAGCUCGGACACUGACUCUUGAGCGGGACAAAGUCAAAGUUCAGUCGGAGCGCAGGAAGUCGGGAUCUUUAGCAACGAUGCAGGGUCUGAGUUCUCGGGCUCACGCGUUUUCGGUGGAGGCGCUGGUCGGGAAACCCUGUAAGAGGAUGAAGGUGUCUGAGGAGUCAAGUUCAGCUGCGGACACCGACAGCGACACGAGCAUCUUCACCGGCCUAAGCGAGCAUCCAGUCAGCCGGACGAAGAAAGUAGGUCCAGCGCGGAGGAGGACGGAGGACACUUCCUGCGAGCCGGACAGACAGUCGGUCGGAUCAGGGGGAGAAGAGGCGAAGCCCAGCGGGGAGGAGGACAAGCCGAAGGAGAGGGACUGCCGGCCGGACAGAGAGGUCCGUGUCGAGCUGCAGGGCUCCGAGCUGUGGAAGAGGUUCUACGAGAUCGGCACCGAGAUGAUCAUCACUAAAGCUGGCAGGAGGAUGUUUCCAUCCGUGCGCGUCAAAGUGCGCAACCUGGACCCGUGCCAGCAGUACUACGUUGCCAUGGAUGUCAUGCCGGUGGACUCCAAACGCUACAGGUACGUGUACCACAGCUCUCAGUGGAUGGUGGCGGGGAACACGGACCACUCGUGCAUCUCGCCGCGCCUCUACGUGCACCCGGACUCUCCGUGCGCGGGGGAGACGUGGAUGCGUCAGGUCAUCAGCUUUGACCGGGUCAAGCUCACCAACAACGAGAUGGACGACAAGGGACAUUCGAUGCAUAAAUACAAGCCACGUGUGCACAUCAUCCGGCACGACCCUCGGAUGGACUUGUCCCAGAUCCAGUCGCUGCCUGCUGAGGGAGUGCACAGCUUCUCCUUCCCAGAAACGGAGUUCACCACAGUCACAGCCUAUCAGAAUCAACAGAUCACAAAACUGAAGAUCGACAGGAACCCGUUCGCCAAGGGCUUCAGAGAUCCAGGAAGGAAUAGGGGAGUGUUGGACGGCUUGUUGGAGUCGUACCCCUGGAGAGGCCCUCUCAGCUUAGACUUCAAGCCUUUCACCAUACAGCUCCAAGGAGGCUCAGGGUCGCCGGCCAGCAGCGCGAAGACUCUCCUCCCUCUCUCCUCUUCUUCGUCCCUCCCGCCGUUCUCCUUCUCGCCGCUCUCCUGCCAGGACGCCGCCCUGAACACCCUCGCCCUUCCUCUCUACGGCAAGGCCUCCGCCGCCUCGCCCAGCUCCCCGCUGCCCAGCAGAGCCUUCUCCUCCCUGGGAGCAGACCGACUGAGAGGCCUUCCCCCGCUGUCCCCGCUGGCAGACUUCCCACUCCUCUCGGCGCUGCAUGCGAAGAAGCCUCCUCACUGCAGGGACCCAUGUUUACACGGGUCUCCGGGGAACUCAUCCUGCCUCCUCCCCCUCCACGGCCCCCUCAGCCCUCAGGGGCCGUCCCUCUUCCCUCAUCUCUCCGACACUACGGGCCCCUACUGUCUCUACCGCUACAGCUUCCCCCUGAGCCCCCAACUCGCAGCUAUUUCCCGGCACGCCAAACUAGCCGAAGACACCACAAACUGUCUGCUGCGCCAGUCUCCGUGGCACCCGACCACCAACCACUGCCUCUGACAGCUGGACCGCACUUUUAGGCUCCGGCCCAUUGAGUGUAACAAGCCAAAGCUUAUUGCAACAAAACAGAGAGGGCUGCCUCUCUCAAAGGAGCAAUAAAAACAGAACUCAGAAGUCUGCGGGGACUUUUCUUUGUAUUUAAAAAACUGUUUUGUAGGGUUGUGUUGGAUUUACCGGCACUCAAAGCUCAACCUGAUGCAGAUCACGAGCUGCUCCAGAGAGCCCGAUGUUGCAGUGAAGAGAAAAUGUAGACAGGGUGCAGAUUUUUAUUCAGGACAGAAAAGCACAGUUUUGUGUACAGCAGGAACAUGUUUCUGCCAUAACUACUUACUACCAAAGAGCAGCAGCAGUAGGACCUAAGGUAUGUAAUAUAACAUGAGAGUGACUGUCAAACUGACCAUUAAAGUAUUUUUCAUGUUUUUUG